AUGGUUGAAUGUAAAAAAGCACAACCGAAAGAAGUGAUGCUUCCAGCAAAUUUAGCGAAAACGCGCACAGCUGGACGUGGAACAUACGGUGAGUUGGUAGUAUUGAGCGGUGGACCAUCAGGAAGCUCAUUAGGAGCAUCUGUUGGCCAACCUACAGCCGCUGUACGCUAUACUCCUUAUCCUUUACCUGCUGCAACGGCAGGUCAUCAGCAAGGCAGCGCUGCUACACAAAUUUUACCGUUAACGACAAAUCCAACUUCCAUAAUACAGUAUGCAGCAGCUCCAUCAAUAACCGUUGGUGCCAGUACAUCAAAUUUGUAUGCUGAUGCUGCCGCAGCAGCAUUAUCAUACAAGAGAUUAUUGGCAACAACGGCCGCCGCAGCUGCUGCAUUACGUUCUCAUCAUCAUCAUCAUGCAAGACCACAACAGUCGCAUGCUGCUCUCACUUAUCCGCUUGGUGAUUUGCUUGGAGUUCAAGGUCUUGAUUUAUCUGGACUCUAUCAAAUACCAACGGCUUCUAUUGGUCUUUGACCGAAUCAUAAUGCCAAUACUACAAUCAUUCAAGUACAACGUCCUCAAUAGAAUUUAAUUCAAUUUCUUCUGAGAUG